GAUUUAGUUAGUGAGAGAAAGCAGAAAAAUCAAAUCAAAAAUUGGUUCCUAGAGAGAGAAAGAGAGGACUGAGUGGAGUUCGGAUCCAAGAACACACCCCCACCCCGCCCCUCCCUCUUUUACCCUUCUUCUCCUUAUUCAAACCCUAGAAUUCGUUAAUUUAAUUCCUGUUUUUCUUUUCUGAUGUAUCUGUUUCUUUGAGAUUUGUUUUUCAGAUCGCCAACAUUUCAUAUCCGUCCGUUUUCCUGAUUCUUUUUUUUUUUUGGGUUGCAUCGUUCGACGUUGAAUCUGGGUGUGUGCGUCUGUAGAGAUAGAACACACGCAUAUCUAUAUAUAUAUACGAGCGUCUGAAAGUGUAGUGGCUUUCCGAUUGGAUUGAGAUAGAUAGGGUUUUGUUGCGUUUAUCGGCUGUCGUGGUCGUCGAUAUUGUUCGAUUGGAAUUUGGCGUCUAAUUUUAGGGUUUUUGAAACCCUAGAUUUCUCGGGGUCGUCAAGUCCUAGGGGUUCUUGUGGGGUGAUUGGGGAUUACAUGUAUGGCUUCGGGGGCAUUUGGGGAUUCUAAUGAGGAUUUGAAUUCGAGAACGAGAUUCCGGUGGCCAGAAGAUAGGAAAGUUUACACGCGAAGGAGCCACAAGAAGAAAUCCCCGAAAGCCUGCAACGGCAACGGUAACGCCGUUUCCGUCGAUGAUAAACCUUCCUCCACCGCCCUGACCCCGUCUCCACAUAUCAACGAGGAUUCCACUUCCACAACUGUUCCCGGUGCUGGUGCUGCCCUCGUGGAGGGUUUUACUACUGCUUCAAACUCGGUUGCUCCUAACAACUGUGAGUCGGUGUCUGCAAAUGGUGGUGCUGUGGAGACGGUGGUUUCUGGGAGAGCGGAGGGAGAUGAUGUUGCCCAGGUGUCUCCUAAAGCGGCCCAAGAUGUGACCACGGAUGAAGGCUUGCAGCAACGUCAGGAAGAGUGUCUAUCGCGUCAGUUAUCAGUAAACGAUGGAGCCUCUGCUCUCCAACAGAUGCAAGAAGAACGGUCUGAGUACAACGGUCAUUCUACUCAGACUGGAGCAGUUGAAGAAGGAAGCCGUGGCCCUAUUGCAGAGCAGCAGAAUCAUCUUGGGAAUUCAUCGACGUCAAAAAGCAGUGAGUGUCAGAAUUUAUCAAAUUCACCUCCCAAGAGCAACGAGGCUCAGAAUUUGCAAAGCCCUUUGCCCCAUUUAACUGCAAAUGAGAUACUCCUGGGGAGUGGGGACGAGAAUGAAAACACUAGAGAUAAAUCCUUGUUGUCCCGUGAAAGUGAUAGAAUGGAUGAUAGCAGAGAAGUCACCACACCACAACCACCCUACUGUGAUGAGGCGAAAAAUGAUGGAGAUGAGAUUAUGGGUUCACCUCAAGUUCCUGAAGGCAAUGGCAUUCUGAGGCCUCUGGUGGUUUCUAAAAUUCACGAUAGGAUUAGGUUUAAUUUAUGUAAAGCAACUUCGAAGAAUGACAUUAGGAAUUUCAGAGACCAGCUAGAGUGCGAGCUUGAUCAAGUUAGGAAGCUGUUUGUAGAGCUUGACUCCAAUGAGCAUCAAUCGGCUGCAUACUCUACUCAGAAUAGAGGCAGUGAUAUUAUUAGCCCUAGCAAUUUAAUAGGUGCUGGGGGAACUGAUAUUUCUGGGUAUGGUCAACCCCAACCCAAAUCCCAACCUCAGCACAUGCAAGAAAACAAUGUAGUCGACAGAAGGUAUUUGUUGAAAAUGAAUUCAGAAGCAAUUAAUAUGGGGCACGAGGAAACCAGGCCCACCAGUUUACCAAGAGUUAAUUCAGAUGUUGGUGGUUCUCGAAACUUGGAGCCUAGACCGUAUAGUAGACAGCUCAGUGUUAUGGUAAUGGAAAACAAUCACCUUGGCAGUGAUUUUUUUGAGAAGGAGAAGCGAACUCCAAAGGCAAAUCAAUAUUACCGAAACUCUGAGUUUCUUUUGGGGAAGGACAGAUUGCCUUCUGAGAGCAACAAGAGGUUAAAGGCAAACAAUGGGAGGAAACAUAAUGGUGAAACAGGACCUGCAUUUGGUUUUGGGUUUGAUAGGAAUCGAAAUCAGGUUUUUAAGAGCUGUAGCAGCUUAUUGCAACGGCUGAUGAAACACAAAUAUGGGUGGGUUUUUAAUGAACCAGUGGAUGCUCAGGCCUUGGGGUUGUUUGAUUAUCAUGACAUCAUUAAACAUCCCAUGGAUUUGGGUACGAUUAAGACGAGAUUGGCUCAAAAUUGGUACAAGUCCCCUAGGGAGUUCGCAGAGGAUGUCAGACUUGUGUUUGAUAAUGCCAUGACCUAUAAUCCAAAGGGACAGGAUGUCCAUGUAAUGGCUGAGCAAUUGCUUCAAAUCUUUGAAGAGAGAUGGGCAAUUAUAGAGACUGAGAAUGCUCGUAGUUGGAAACACCCUAUUUAUCAGGACGGAGGAUUGUCCACUCCCUCUUUCAGAAAGACUGCUGCGCAUUCUCCCUUUACAUCAGCUGUGGUUGCUGGUCCUCCUAAUCCUGGUUUUGUCCCUGCUUCACUAAGUGCACAAACCUAUAUUUCAGCUCCUCCUGCUGCUUCUGGUCCUCUGUAUGCUCCUGCUGCGCAUCCGAUCAGGAAUAUUGAUAGACUGGAGCCGGCAUUACCUAUGCCUUCAGAUCUCAAAAUUCAACGGCCUCAUGUUGGCAGGGCUCCGGCUCCAAAGAAACCUAAAGCAAAGGAUCCCGACAAAAGGGAUAUGACUUAUGAUGAGAAGCAAAGACUGAGCACAAACCUUCAGGGCUUACCUUCUGAGAAGCUUGAUGCGAUUGUUCAGAUCAUUAAGAAGAGGAACACGGCGCUCUCUCAACACGAUGAUGAGAUUGAGGUGGACAUUGACCGGGUUGACGCAGAGACUUUGUGGGAGCUUGAUAGGUUUGUGACCAACUACAAAAAGAGUUUGAGCAAGAACAAGAGGAAAGCUGAACUUGCUCUUCAAGCGAGGAUGGCAGCUAAACAAAAUGCCGGAUUAACUAACAUAACUCCAGCUGCAGCAGAAGCCCAGACCCGGGGUGGAGCAGAAAAGAGUAUUGCUCCUGCUGAUGGUGACAAGCAGGGUUACGACAGAAGUAGGUCCAGCAGUUCAAGCAGUUCAAGUAGCGAUUCUGGAUCAUCUUCAACUGAUUCAGAUAGUGACAGUUCAUCUGCAGAUGGAUCAGAUGCAGGGCAAUCUCCUAGGGCAUGAAAGGAGUAUGAUUAGGACAUGCAAUAUGUUUUCUCCAACCAACGACUGUCAUCGGCUGCGGCCGGCCAUUGGCUAUGCCUGGAAAGGGGUGGCAUCAUCUUUUAUUGAUGGUGUUAUGUGUAUGACGUUGGGGGCUUUGAUUCUUGCCAUCAUUUGAACCUUGACUAUUAUAAUGUUUUGAGGGAGAUUUU